CAACAACAAGCAUAUCACCUUCUCAACUGUCUGCGUCGUAAAAUACGUCCACCAUCACGUACUCCGUGACGGCUUUCAGGACACUGAAGAAUUCCAGCCAUGCGUAGACGCUCAACAUUCAUCACGCAUCCCAGUCGGGCCGUCAACCCAGCCGACAUCCAAGUCUACAGAAACCAGCUCCUGCUUGGGGCGCUGAAGGCCGCCCGAGAGGAACGGUUAACCCUGGGGCUCAAAGAACUACCACAGGAAGUGGUAGAUGUGUUGGAGCAAUCCCACGAGCUACAUCUUCGCUGGGCUCCUGAGCACCCCUAUAAGACCAUCGUGCCCUUUCUGUCGAGAACUUCGCCAGGUCUGCACGUCCACUACACGCCAUUGAAGCAGGACCAGGACCAUGAUCACCUCUGCGACCUCCUUCACCGUGUAUUCGGACAGGACCUAAAAUGCGAAACGCCGCAGUCGACAUUCAUCAGUCCCGCCCUGGUCUCCGAGCGGUUCGCCCAGACCUCGGCGUUACAAUACUACUCACUCCUCCCGUCUCUGAAGCCGCUGGUGGCAUAUCUGCAACGGAAUGUCUGCUCACCAUCCGACCUUGGCUGUCUGCACACGGCGUCGUUGCUGAACAUAGCCGACUCGGUGGAUUUCGACUACGACAGCAUUUCACACACCUUGACGCUGACGGCGAUGUGGUCGCGACAGCCCGAGGUCGUCUACGACCCCAUCGGCGAAUUCACCACUUUGGACGCAUGGAAUCUGGACAUCCAACAGUCUAGCCCCAGUGAUAAAGUGGAAGUUGGCAUCCUGAGCCCGGCUCCAGCAACGGAACCGUCCGACCUGCAACUAUCAGGCUUUCUGACCGUCGUGGGAGAGGACGACCACCCGAAAGCCACGCUAUUCAGCUUUCCUUCUCGCCACCACUCGUUGAGUCCCGAACAGUCGAAGUUGCAACGAUACAGCGUCUCCUUCGACCAACCUGCCGGCCUGCAUCCCAUAUUGAGAAUCUCCUUCCCAUCCGGGGCAUCCGCCAUGAGUGAACCGCCAAAGAACAAACCGGCCGAUAGCGUCUGUGCCCUGCAAACCUACCUGACCCUUCCAUCGCAUAUCUUUGCCGACAAGUAUGCCUUUCUCAACGACGAUCCACUCUUCCAGAAGUCUCACCAUCUGGGCAAACUGCGAGCCAUCAACGGCGAGACAGAUCUCGAGGCUCCUGACUAUGUGGUGAAACAGUGGGGUUCAACCAUGCUUUUGGAGAUUCCGGCUCCGGCGGACUCUCCGGCGGACUCUCCAGACACUACUGAAUCCAAGGAUUCUGGUGGAUCUUGGGACGUCACGAUCCCUCUACAUGUUCGAUAUCUCCAGCCCCAGUCAGGAGGUAAAUCUGUUGUCGAAAUGCCGUGGCCCGUGGUCUUUUGGGCCUGCACCGCCGAAGAAGGGACCAAGUUCCCCGUCAACCCCUUCGACAGGACACAGCUAGGCUACGAUGGCCUCUUUGGUCCGAGGACCAUGUUUUACCAUCUCGAUCCUGCUCCUCCGCCAAAUGGCUCGUUGGUCGAGCGCAUCGCGGUGCCCGUGCUGGACACGGACAACACCACUCCUCGCACAAUCGAGUCCUUGACCACCGUCACCAUAGUACUGGGCUUCUUGUGGGUCUUGUUCAAGUUGAGCUCCGCUUUCAGGACGGGGCCGACUGGUGGUCGCCGCGUAGACUCGGACCCAAAUGCAAAAAAGAAGCAAUAGUGUGUGGUUCUACUCUAGGGUACCAAGCGAGUCAUUUAAUGCAGAAAAUGAAUCGAAAAUUGAAGAGCACCGAGGGGUGAAUAACUCGAUGAUCCUGGAAAGACAUCGCUGUAAGCGCAGUGUUGGCUCCAUUUUACCCGAUUCGACCGAGUAGGCGGCGGGAUGAGGUCACGGACAAAUGUCGCACAGUGUCGCUCGAUCUAUACUUAGCCAGCACACAACUUCGCCUUCAAAUAGGGCUUGCAGAAUUCAGCGGGGUCUCGUCAACUUCCUCAGGUGUGUCCUUUCACUCCUCCAGUCCAGGAAGAGCGUCUACGGCGUGUGACUUGGCCAGACUGCGGCUGCCCAGGAGGCUGGCAAGUUUGAGUCGCACAAAAGUAGAUAGACCGGUUUAGCUGCAAGACACCAGGAACAGACGGACUCGGAUCAAUUGUGCAAAAAUGCCAGCUUGCCUUGGCUGGGAUUUGCGCGGCGCCGUUUACUUUUCUGGCACGUAUCGCAGACCCCAUGCCAUUUCAACCGGAUUGAGUCGCACAGCACUGCAUUUGGGCAUAUCGACGUGGGACUGCAAUGCACGAAAACAAAAACGGAAUGUGCAACGCAGCACAGCUCAAACGUCAGUAGCAAUAGUAACCGAGAGUUCAACUUUUGCAUCCGAGUUGGGCACCGCUUUGCAUCACCUUCCUUACCUGUACAUGUAUGUACAUAGGUAGUACCAGAUUUGCUGCCUUGCCUUGCCUGCCGCGUAUGAUAGGUAGCAGAAAACAGUACGUGAAAGCUGUAGUUGCAUUGGUAGUGGACGCAUACCAUUCGCGACGCAACCUGAAGCGGCGCAUUACUUUCUGUAGUCGGGGUGGGAUCUUUCCUGCCGUGCUCUGCUUUGUUUGUGGCAGCUUGUUCUCGAUCAAUUAUAUGUUAUUGUCAGGGUAAGGCAAGGAGCUUUCGGCAAAGACGCUUCAGGCGCAAGACGUCACGCCACAUCGGUAACAUGUUUGGCCCUCAGCUCUUGGAAGACGAAAACUAGGAAGACGAAAAGAAAAAGACGGAAAAAAGAAAGAGAGAAAGAAAGUAGGACUAGAAAACUAGACCGACGUUUUGCAACGUGGAAGGCUGGAAGCGGCCAACAGCAUCAACAUCGACACCGCUGGCUGCAGACAGCAACAACAGGAAGUAAAAGCAUUGGUUUCUUUUCGCAAGGAGAACACGGUGUAGGGUGGUCAAGUCCAAAUGCAAGUUGUGCAAAUAUAACAGGUCGUUCAGAUUCAGGCAGCAAGCAGUAGACCGGAUCAAGUGCCUCACUCCUGGCCGAUAACUGCAGUCCGCCGU